AUGGAGCAGAGACGGGAGCUGGCGCCGCUGUGCUGCUGCUGGAUCCUCUUCAACUCCGUGCUGGCUGAAGACUGGAGUCGGGUCCACACCGAGGACGAGCUCUUCAGGAGUCUGUUCGGAGGCUACAGCAAGUGGACUCGUCCGGCGCAGAACAUCACGGACGUCGUCAUCGUCAAGUUCGGCCUCUCGAUCGCGCAGCUGAUAGAUGUGGACGAGAAAAACCAGAUGAUGACGACCAACGUGUGGCUGAAACAGGAAUGGACUGACUACAAGCUGCAGUGGAGUCCCUCCGACUACGACAACGUGACGUCCAUCAGAGUUCCCUCCGAGCUCAUCUGGGUGCCCGACAUCGUGCUGUACAACAAUGCUGAUGGAGAGUUCGCCGUCACCCACAUGACCAAGGCCCAGCUCUUCCACACCGGCCGGGUUCGCUGGGUGCCUCCGGCCAUCUACAAGUCGUCCUGCUCCAUCGACGUCACCUUCUUCCCGUUUGACCAGCAGAGCUGCAAGAUGAAGUUCGGCUCGUGGACGUACGACCGGGCCAAGAUCGACCUGGAGCCCUUUGAGAACACCGUGGACCUGAAGGACUACUGGGAGAGCGGAGAGUGGGCGAUCGUCAACGCCGUGGGAACCUACAACACCAAGAAGUACGACUGCUGCCACGAGAUCUACCCCGACAUCACGUACUACUUCGUGAUCCGCCGCCUGCCGCUGUUCUACACCAUCAACCUGAUCAUCCCCUGCCUGCUCAUCUCCUGCCUCACCGUCCUGGUCUUCUACCUGCCGUCCGACUGCGGCGAGAAGAUCACGCUGUGCAUCUCGGUGCUGCUGUCGCUCACCGUCUUCCUGCUGCUCAUCACCGAGAUCAUCCCGUCCACCUCGCUGGUCAUCCCGCUCAUCGGCGAGUACCUGCUCUUCACCAUGAUCUUCGUCACGCUGUCCAUCAUCAUCACCGUGUUCGUGCUGAACGUGCACCACCGCUCGCCGCAGACCCACUCCAUGCCCAGGUGGGUGCGCCGGUGCUUCCUGUCGGCGGUGCCACGGUGGCUGUGCAUGAAGCGACCACACCACGACCUGAGGCCUGGCAGGCGGAGGCCCCUGACUGAUAAACUCCUCGCCGUCCGGACGCCGGGCCCCUGCCACUGCACCUCCACCUGGAUCACUCAGGAGUCCGACAUCGAUCUCCAUGGUGAGACCACCUGCUCUGACCUCCAUCCACACACGGAGGACUUUUCGAGGUUUGGGUUGAAGCUCGCCGGUCGGUCGAGCAUCUCCUCUCCACCCUCUCCUCGCUCUCUGGGCUACACCCUCCUCCCACAGAGACGCUCAACGCUCAGCCUGGACUGGGACACCCCUCCCGUGGAACAUGGUUUGAUCCAGAGCCCCUCGGCCUCGGUGCUCUCUCCUGCGGUGAUGUCGGCCCUGGAGGGGGUGACCUACAUUGCAGAGCAUCUGAAAGCAGAAGACGCAGACUUUUCGGUGAAGGAGGACUGGAAGUACGUCGCCAUGGUUGUGGACCGGAUCUUCCUGUGGAUGUUCAUCAUAGUGUGUCUGCUGGGGACCAUUGGACUCUUCCUGCCUCCGUGGCUCUCUGGGAUGAUUUAA